GAUUGACCUGUGUAUCUGCAGACUUCUUCUGGACUCUUUUCGUCUGCAUGCUGCCUUAAAGAAAAAAUGGCAGCGAAGCAUGCCAAGCCCAGUUUCAGUGAGUCUCAGGUGUCUGAGCUGGUGAAGAGGCUCUUCAACCUGACACCUGUGGAGAUUCGCUCGCUGCCCAGCUACGACGACCAGAACUUCUACGUGGCGCCCGCCGAGGGCGGCGAGUACGUCCUGAAGAUCAUGAACUCGGAGGACAGCAAGAACGCAGCCAUCAUCGAGGUCCAGACGUACGCCAUGUCCUUCCUGCACCAGAACGGGCUCCCGGCUCAAACCGCCGUGCCCAGCACCUCGGGAAAGCUCAUGAGUCUGGAAGACAUGGAUUGUGGCUAUGGCUGUCAGAAGUACCUGGUGCGGCUGUUGACUUAUUUACCUGGGGUCACCAUUUCUAAAGUUCCCUUAACUCCAAAGCUGUUGUACGAAACGGGAAAGACUGCAGCUAGAAUGGAUGAAAUCCUCCAGACGAUGGAGCACCCACACCUGGGCGUUCUGCAGAGGGAGAACUUCAUCUGGAGUCUGUCAAAUGUGGUCCUCCUGGAGCCGUACCUCAGAGUAUUAGAUGGAGAUCCUCUGCAGAAGCUGGUGACGUCUAUCAUCCAUCAGUACAAGACCUCCGUCGACCCCAAACGCUCCCAAUUCCGCAAGUGCAUUAAUCACGGCGACUUCAACGAUCUGAAUGUGCUUGUUCAGCCUGACGACGAUGGCGGACACAAGAUUUCCGGCAUCCUGGACUUUGGAGACAUGAACAGCGGCUACUACAUCCACGAGCUGGCCAUCGCUAUCAUGUACAUGAUGACCGAGCACCCAGAGCCCGUGGAGGUGGGCGGGCCGGUGCUUGCCGGCUGGGAAAGCGUCCUUCCCCUCAACGAGGCGGAGAAAGAUUGCCUGUACCUGCUCGUGCUGUCCCGCUUCUGCCAGUCGUUGGUUUUAGCCCGUUACUCUGUGACCCUGCAUCCCGAAAACACAGAGUACCUCAUGAUUUCCUCCAAGAGGGGGGUGCACAUCCUCAAGAAACUCUGGGAGCUUGGAAAGGAGCAUGUGGAAUCCGUCUGGUUUCAGAGUGCGGCCCGACUCGGCGAUAAAAUGUGAGAAACGCUGAGUAUGGAGAAAGCAGAAGGGAAGGUUCCACACAGCUUUCAUUCUUCUGAAUCAAAGACAGCUAAAGUUCAAAGAAAAAAUUGUCUUUGAACAGUACAGCAAUGCAAAUUUCAUAUCUAUCGUAUCAGACAAGGUGUAAGUGACUUUAAAUAUACUCCAAAGUACUUCAAAUGAGCUAAAAGGUUUUGAGCUUUUAAAUGGAAUCAUACUACCUCUCAAAAAAUGCAAAGCUCCACAUUAUAACGGUACAGAUACUGCCAGUGAUGGCAAUGAGUAAGAAGUUCCAUAUAAGUGGGGAAAUGGUUCACAUUUUGUAUUUCCAUAAAAGAUUCUCAAGCUAUUUUUUUCUUUCAAUACUAUUGUCUUCCUCUAAAGAAGACUGUUGGUGCUUUCUUGAUCUGGGUCCAAAUGAUAACACUAUCAUAAAUGGUAAAUUGACUGUACUUUUAACAAACUUUUGCUUGUGCUUAUGACCUCUAAGAGUUUGCUU